GGGCGUCCGGUGCUGUUGUUGUCCCUACGACGCCAGUCAGCGUCCUAUUGAAUCGAAAAUAACUUGCCGAACGACAGCCGACGACUCGCGGCGUCCUUUUUGCGUUCCGCCUGUCCUCUGCGACGACGCUCCGUCGGAAAUGUACCGGGUGCUAGGUGUGAACUUGUUCCGUGUGACUAUUUGGCUUUGGUUUAGUACAGGUGUGUUUGGACUACGUGAUGUGAAGAUUAAAGUACCACAAGCGGUAAUUAAAGGUCGUGAAGCUAAUUUAGAAUGUUCAUUCGAUUUGGAGAAUGAAAAUCUUUAUUCAGUGAAAUGGUACAGAGGAGGCUUUGAGUUUUACCGUUAUACACCUACAGAUCUUCAAAAAGUAAAACUUUUCGAUGUGAAAGGUAUUAAAGUGAAAGAAUCUGAAUCUACCGAAAGGAAAAUUAUUCUUGAAGACGUAUCAAGAGACAUCAGUGGUCCGUUUAGUUGUGAGGUUACUGCAGAUAAACCGAGUUUCUUUACCGCUAUUCAAACAGCCGAGCUUCAAGUUGUGGAGUUGCCAAAAAAAGAACCCUAUAUUACUGGUCUGAAACAUCGCUAUUACACGUCUGAAGAUAGAACGUUUCACGCUAAUUGUACAUGCGAGGAGUCUUACCCUUCUCCGAAUAUUACUUGGUUUAUUAAUGAUUUACCCAUUAGAGGACCUCACGUUAUGAAGCAUACGUUUAAUAGGGGAAGUCUAAUCACAGUUGUAUCCACAAUACGUCAUCAUCUUUCAAAAAAGUUUUAUAUUAACGGUUAUAUGAAGGUAAAAUGUACUGUGAGUCUAUUUGAUGUGUACCUCAGGAGUGUAGAGAAAAAUGUAGAUUUGUUCAAAAAACGACGUAGAAAUCAUCACCCGGACCGUAUGGUGAUAUCAACUCUUCCACCGCCAAAACCAGAAGAUCUUUAUUACGACGCUGAAGAUGAGAAACCUGAAAAAGAAUUUCCACGAACUAUACUGUCCUUCUUCUCACCUUCAGAAGCAUCUUCCAAUCUGACUUCACUACUGUUGACAACACUAUUAUUAGUAAUAAUCUUCUUCAGUAACUGUAGAUGAUUUGUAUAUUUACUUAGCCAAAUAACCUGCUUUAAAAUGUGAUACACAAAUACUAAUUGAAAUAUUUAGUGUAUAAAUAAUUUAGCAUAAAUUAUUUCUAAAAUAUCGUUAAAUACAGAUACUAAAUUUCGAAAUAGAAUAGAACAGAAAAGGAUAUAGAUUGUUUGAUCAAUACCCUCCAGCAUAUGUGUUGCUCAUUUGUUCAUAUAAACAAAAUAAAUGUUGAAUAGUAUUUAAAGAUGUAUAUUAUUGUUAUUAUCUAAAAUUAAUAUUAGUUGCUAUUAAACUGCAGGGAUGCCCAUAAAGUUAGGCAAGAUAAAAGUCAACAUAAACAAAACAUAAUAUUUUUAUGGUUGAUUUCUUCAUUUACUGUUGUUAAUGAAAUAUUUAUAGCUUCUACUAAGUAUUUUUAUCCCUAAACAGCUAAAUAAGAUUUUUUUAAUAUAGAUAAAUUUAUUAUAGAAGAUGUAACAGUAUUUUCCAUAUUUUUAGAUUCAUAACUAUCCCAAAUUCCAAAAAUUUAGAUAUAAUUUUUAAACUUAUACAGUUUAUAAAUCUUAGGAAUAAUUAAUUUGUAAUUACCAUCAUUAAUUUUCAGUAUUUUUUUAAUUAG